AUGCGCAGUAAUAUUACGUUUGGCACUUUCUUUGCCACGCUUGACUUUUCCCCCCAAGAUCUGAUAAGCUUACUACAAAUUUUUUUUUCCAUGCUAAUAAUGACAGGAUUUAUUCUAGGAAAUUUUGCCAAUGGCUUCAUAGCACUGGUGAACUGCAUUGACUGGAUCAAGAAACACAAGAUCUCCUGUGCUGACCGAAUCCUCACUGCUCUGGCUGUCUCCAGAAUUGGUUUGCUCUGGAUAAUAGUAUUCAAUUGGUAUGGAACUGUGUUUAAUCUACCUUUCUAUAGUUCAGAAGUAAGUACUACUGUUUACAUGGUCUGGAUAGUAAACCACCAUUUUUGUCUCUGGCUUGCUACUAGCCUCAGCAUCCUUUAUUUUCUCAAGAUAGCCAAUUUCUCCUGUCUUUUAUUUCUUCACCUAAAAUGGAGAGCUGAAAGAGUGGUUAUCAUGAUACUGUGGGGGAAUUUGUUCAUCUUGGUUUGUCAUCUUACAGUGCUAAGCAUAGAUGCAAAAAUGAAGAAGAAUGAUUAUGAAGGAAACGUCACUUGGAAGACCAACUUGAGGGACAUUAUGCACCUUUCAAGUAUGACUGUAUUUAUGCUUACAAACUUCAUACCCUUCACUAUGUCCCUGACAGCUUUUCUGCUGCUAAUCUUUUCCCUGUGGAAACAUCUGAAGAAGAUGCAGCUCAGUGGCAAAGGAACUGAAGAUCCCAGCACCGAGGUCCACGUAAGAGCCAUGCAAACUGUGAUCUCCUUUCUCUUGCUAUUUGUCAUUUAUGUCCUCGCUCAAAUCAUCUCAAUUUGGAGACCCCAAACUCUGCAGAAUAAUUCAGUUCUCAUGCUUUGUGAGGUUCUUGGAAUCGUGCAUCCUUCAACCCACUCAUUGAUCCUGAUUUGGGGGAACAAAAAGUUAAGACAGGCCUUUCUGUCAUUUCUGUGGCAGCUGAGGUGCUGGCUGAAGGAAAAGAAAUAAGUGGGGCACCUAGUGUCU